GGGCCCGGGGCGCAGCCGAGCACGCUGACGGGUGUCUCCCCGCAGGAGCUGAGCGGCCUCGGGGCCAGGAAGUCGCUGCUGAGCCCGUGCAUCGAGGAGCGGUACAAGGCCGUCUGCAGCGCGGCCAGGACCCGCGCCGUCCUGUCGCUGGGCGUCGCCUGUUUCAAGCAGCUCCCGGAGAAGUCCGAGAACACGUAUCUCUGCCAGAUCUACAACCUGACGCUGCUCUGCAUGGAGGAUUAUGUCGUCGAGCCCCAGUCAGUGCAGUUCUUGGUGCAGCACGGCUUUGACUUUAACAAGCAGUACGCCCAGGGGAUUCCUUACUAUAAGGGCAACGACAAGGGCAAUGAGAACCAGAGCCAAAGUGUUCGGACGUUUUUUCUGGAGCUCAUACGAGCGAAGAAACCUCUUAUUCUCCAUAACGGCCUCAUCGAUCUGGUCUUCCUGUACCAGUGCUUCUAUGCUCACCUCCCAGACAGCCUCGGCACCUUCACUGCUGACCUCUCGGAAAUGUUUCCAGCAGGAAUAUAUGACACUAAAUAUGCUUCAGAGUUUGAGACUCGCUUUGUAGCAUCCUACUUGGAGUAUGCUUACAAGAAGUGCAAGCGAGAGAACUGCAAGCUGAAGGAGUCCAGCAGCCAGCACCUCACUGUUGAGUUCUGCAACUACCCUGCCAACAUGUCCCGUUACAUCGACUAUCGCCACUGCUCUCUGGAAGAAGCAAGCCACAACAUGGGAGGGGGCAAUAACGUGCCUGUCUGUGAGAAAUUUUCAGCCUAUGGCUGGUGUCCAAAAGGGGUGAAGUGUCCACAGUCUCAUAACAUUGACCUCAUAAUUGAUGAGGAUGACAGGCUUUGGGAGGAGAAACGGAAGAAACGGAAACACAAGUGGAAGCGUCGAAAGAACACAGAGGAGCCUGCUAAAGUGUUCGGAGAGAAAAGCUCAGGGAAAGAAAUAGAGCUAACUCAGAAUGGAGAGGAUGGACCACCACGAAAACAGAGCUGCUAUGAGCCUGCAGCUGCUAUGGAGCUGGCAGAGAUCACACCCAACAGUGAGGGCAGGCUACUGGAGGAGAACUCCACGGACAUGGAACCAGAAGUCAGCUCAGGCACUGGCACACAACAGGAUCUGGGGAGCACUGAAGGAACUGCUGUCCAGGUAGCAGCUGCUGUGAGCCCUUCUGCCAAGGGAAAUGACUCUGCCAGUGACCACAUGGAGGGGAGGUCAGAGGUUCCUGCAGGGGUGGGCUCAGUCCAUCACCCAGACAUCCCCAAGACUGAAGCAGCAUGUACUGCAGAAAAGGAAAAGGAAACCCAUGGUCCACCUUCACAGGGGGGCACACACCGAGCUGGCUUUGAUGCAUUCAUGACUGGCUAUAUUAUGGCAUAUGUCUGGAUGCUCAAGAAAGGAAAAAACACAGACACCGGUGCAGGGCCUUGGUUGCCAGACUGCCAUAAUAAACUGUACCUCAGUGGGAAAUCAGUGCCACUUCAAAUAGUGAAGAGCUUGUUUGCUAAAUCUUCCAAAGCUCAUAGCCAGAAGAUGAAAUUGGCCUGGGACAGUGCCUAGAGCUAGAGGACUCAUCACUGAACUGGGCUUCUCCCACCCUCUUAGAUUUUGAAGUUCUUUAUUCCAUCAAGAACUGACCAGAAAUGGAGCAAGUUUCUCAUUCUUAGUUUUAACUUCUGACCAAUUAAAUUGCUCUCAACUGGAGUUCUCUGUUGUUCCUUUGCAGCAUGCUGGGCUGUAAAGGCAGGGGUGAGGCUGGAGGAGGGAAAAGAAAAAAUGUACCUCUCCAACCUUUUCAAAGGGAGCAUGUGCUAAAGGUUAAAGUCUACCUACAAAAACACAUCUGAAAGCUCCAAGCUGUUGACCCAUAGAACCAGCUUGACAGGAAAUGCUACAAACAGUCACUGGAGGGAAGAUGUGAUGCUUCUGCCAGACACCAGAUGAAAGCAGGCUAGCUCUUCAGGCAAAACAUACAUUUUUAUGAAUGUUUACUCAAGUGUUAUUGCUUUCAGUCACUGCUGGUAGGGUAACUCCCUCUAACCCUCAUAAUUAUUUCCUGUCUUUCUAAGGAAGUCAGGAAGGAAAAAAAGUGUCUUUUUUUAAAAAAAGAAAGAGACACUGACCAUGGUUGGUUUGGAACACAGCUGGGAGAGCUAUCCCACUUCAUUGUACUUUACCAUAAUCGUGGUUACAGCACACAUAGAUGAGACCUUUGCUCCUACAGGAGAGAGGGGAAAGAGAAAGCUUCCUCCAAAUGGCCCAGGUGAUUCUAGCACAGGGUAACUGCAUGCAGAACCAAGCCACAGCAGGUCUUCAAACUUCUAAGCAAGGGGAGACUUAAAGCCAGAUGUGGUCCUCAAACUGCACUACUGAAGCUGUUCUGUAGGGCUAGAAUAGAGCAGCCAGAACGGCAAGCUCCCUGUAGGCCAAGUGCUAUCAAAAGCCAUCUUGUCUUGUCAGUCACAAGCUACUGCCUACUCUUCAGAGCGCUGUAAGGCAGAGCAGAGAAGAAAAAAAAAUGUCCUUGAGUCUCACACAUUUAAGAGUAUAACACUUCAGUAAGAAAGAUGCAGGAGAUAAUCAACACUGAAAAAGCAUGACAGUUCUCCCUGUUCAUAAUUCAGCACCAAGUAAUAGUGAAUACGAUCUCAAGCCAGGUAUUAAUGUCACCCAUAGCUUAAGUAAGCAUUUGAGUCAGCUUUUUUAACCUAGAGUUGCCCUUUUAAUCACAAGACCCAGGCCUUGAUUUUAUUUUUAUUUUGAAAGCAAGUUGGGAAAGUUUACAAAACCGACCAAGAAAAAAUUAUGAAAAUAUUUAACUGGAUUCAUCUUUGGUUACUUCUUAUUGCAGUUCCAAUAAAACAUACACCAUUUCUAUAGUUCAAAAAAAGUCAGAAGGUCAAUCAACAUAAAAACAAGACGUGCUUUCUUUACAUAUUCAUAAAUAUCCACAAUAUUAGAAAAGUUGUUUUGCAAAGAUUUUUUUCUGGCAGUGUUAACUUACUAUUAUACACAGGCUACAAACUUCUUCCUAAGCCUUUAAUUACAAGUUGAGCUAUUUACAGACUGCAAAAUAUUAAGACGUAAAACUCCUUCAUAAAUACGAAAAUAGAUCAUCUCGCAAAGAUCUUUAUACUUAAUCAAAUAUCUGGCUGCCCCUCCUCCCAAAAAAAAGGUUAUUUGUUUUGCAUAGAAAUGUAGUGACAUGCAAUAUAAACAAUAGCAUUAAGUGCAAACAGGAAUUAUUCAAGUGUCUUUAGUUGUACUGGCAAAAAUUACCAAUGUUCUGUUACACAUAAUACAUCAAUGCCUCUCCAACUAGUCUAAGUCUACUAUAGCCCCUUGUCUGCACUGCCUCUGAGGGGCAGCAAUUCACAUGCAUCCUCUUAGUUGCAUUUUAUCAACCUGCAACCACGACAAAAAUAGCUUAUAACAGAUGUUUAAAUGAAUUCAACAUAGAAAGAUUUAAAGUGAAUUAAAUAAUCUUUGAUCUCUUCAGGGAACUUAGCAAUGUGUAGAAAGUGUUUUAAAAGAGCAAAAACUGCUCCUGUAAGAAAGUCAAAAAUCAUAAAAUCCAAUCCCAAUAAAACUUUGUCUCAUCACUAUAAAACAAGGAGUUUUGCUGACCACAUGUUUAUAUUUGUGUUCAUCGGUAGCUAUCAGAAAAUGGCCCCCUGUAGAAAAGCACCCUCAGGUAGGCAGAAAACCCAGGAAUAGUUCCUAGGUGCAACCUAGGUUCAGCUUUACAUUACCAAAGGGAUGAGAUGCAGUGAGUGCCAACUGCAUCCAGACCCUUGGAAACACUGGGUUUUAACAAGCACUUUGCUAUUUUUAAAUGGCCUUUUACUCCAGUUUCAUACACAUGCCUCUCUUCCCCUGCAGACCAAGAAUGCAGGAAAGGCCUGAGCCGCUAUUCCUUGGCGUUUCUGACAUCUCCACCUUGGGAUAAGGAGCUAGAAAGUUGCUGGAUAUGCCCUAUGCAUGUCAGCUGGUUGUGCCUAGAGUGGACAUUUAAUAAAAUUUUAGCUAUGCUGUUUCAGGGAAGGGAAGAGAAGACAGCGUUGUAAAAAGACAGAUGAGGUCACUGUGAUGGGUGCCAGAGGUACCCCAAGCCUGACCGCACAGGUUUUGCGGUCAGUGUCAGAGGGGGCAACAGGCUUCAUGAGGUGUCACCGAUGACAACCAGGGCUAAUGCAAGCCACAGAGCAGCCAGAGGCGGGCUCCUCGAUGAGGCUGCAGGCAGCUGUAGGAUGCUGGACAACUUCAUCACAGCCUGGUGAUCCAGAAGUAAACUAUUCCUUAUUAUUGCUUGUUUGUCUGAAGUCAUAAACCUAAAUGCAUCUUGUGACAACAGAAGCUGGUGCUGAUGGUUUCCCUCCCAAAAGAUUACAAUUGUAUAAAAAGAUUACAAAAAAAAAAAAAAAAAAAAAAAAAAAAAGCAGGCACCAGGCAGCCAACUAGCUGGCAAUCGAGUUCUGCUGACGCUUUCCCUGUCCUCAAAGGAAAUUACACACACAGAGUGCCAGCCACACAAGCUGCUCUGCACUCUGCAGACAGCAGCCCUGCAAACAGGAUACACAAGACAGACUACUCUACAGAUCAGCACCUUCAAGAGGCAGAGAGGUGUGGGCCAAAAAGGGUGAUCUUAGUAAGGAUAAGCAUUUUCUCUUUCAAACAGCUGCCUAAUCUGGCAUGGACUGUGCUAAGUAAUUCAGUGACACCGAGCUUCUCAUUUAGUUCUUCACAGCCACUGCAAAGGGGUAACUGCUGCUCAGGUUAACACAUACUUCAAGUGAGGAAGUCAUAACUCACAGAAUAGUUACCUACACCUCUGGAGAGAUAAGCAUUGCAGCCAAGAAAGAACUAAGGCUUUAUCCUUCAUCCUUUCUUUGAGAUAGGAAAAGAGUAGGAAUAAUCUUGCUUCCAUCAGAAACUAGCUUACAUUUUCCAUCCUUACAAGUGAGCAGGAAGAGUGUGUUAACAGGCUACCUGGGUGAAAUUUUGGACUCCGCUGCAUCACCAUCUGCUCAGCAGGUAUGCAAUGCACACCUCAGUUCUGAAUGAUAAUAGAGGUUAAAAAACAUUUCAAAAAAAUAUUUUCAAAUCCUGUGUUGGGACAAUGAUAAUGGGAAAGGGCAGGAUGUUGCACAAAUGUCAUCGUAUAACAAGCUUUCCCAUACAUUGAAUCCCAGAGUGGGGAUCUCUGAUGCUGGUUCCAGCAAGCAGCAUUAAAGCUUAUGCCACUGCUUCUUUCAUGUGUACCUGCUGGUGGAGGGAGGGAAGG